AUGCCUUUGAACUUCCACAAGAACCAGAAACGCGGGGAAUUCCAUGACAACAAAGCGCAAAGUACCGGACGAGUCAACACCUUUGGCCAGGUCGCCAUCCAAUUCCACAAGAACACGCAUGCGCUGAGACAUUGGAUCGAUAAGGCCCAGGAUGAAGCCGCGGCAUGCCGACCAGCGCGUUGCGCAAGACCGCGAAGAGGAAGCACAACCUUAGUGGAUGAGUUCAUCAAGGAACAGACCAGCAACACCAGUGCACCGCGAUUGAACAUCGCAAUACAUAUCUGUGGAUCUCGGGGCGACGUGCAGCCCUUCAUUCCGAUCGCGAAGCUGCUUCAGGCCGCUCCACAUCACCACCGGGUACGCAUCUGCACGCAUCCAGCUUUCAAGGAUUUCGUGGAAAGCAAUGGCGUGGAGUUCUUUUCGAUUGGUGGUGAUCCGGAAGCGCUAAUGGCGUACAUGGUGAAGAACCCUGGCCUGUUACCCAACAUGCAGUCCAUCAAAGCUGGUGAUAUCGGCAAGCGACGGAAAGAGAUGGCUGAAAUGAUGGACGGAACCUGGAGAAGUUGUAUCGAGGCCGGUGAUGGUAUGGGCGAGAGAAUAUCAGCGUUGAAUGUAGACGCGGCGGAGGACCUGUUCAUUGCCGACGCUAUCAUCGCCAAUCCGCCUUCAAUGGGACAUAUCCACUGCGCAGAGAAGCUGGGCAUUCCGCUGCACAUGGUCUUCACGAUGCCAUGGUCGCCGACGAAAGCGUUUCACCACCCCCUCGCGGCUAUGGAAUAUGGUGAAGUCGAAAAGUCUGUGGCGAAUUACUUCAGCUUCGGCAUUAUGGAGCUGCUAACUUGGCAAGGGUUGGGAGAUGUCAUCAAUAAGUUUCGAACGCAGACUCUAGGCCUAGACGCGAUGAGUCCGCUGUGGGGCCACCGGUUACUCCCAAGGCUUCGUAUUCCGUACAGUUACCUUUGGUCCCAGGCUCUGAUACCGCGGCCGUCUGACUGGGGCGACCAUAUCAACAUCACGGGAUUUUCAUUUUUGGACGCCGGUUCAAACUACACUCCGCCUGAUGACUUGGCCGAGUUUCUUGCCAAGGGACCACCACCAGUGUAUAUUGGCUUUGGUAGCAUCGUGGUCGACGACCCAGUGGGCCUCACCAAGCUUCUCUUCGAAGCGGUGAAGCUAGCAAAAGUUCGAGCGAUUGUUUCCAAGGGUUGGGGAGGUGUAGGCGGAGGUGACGUACCAGACAACAUCUACCUUAUCGGCAACUGCCCACACGACUGGCUGUUCAAACGGGUAUCUUGUGUUGUGCACCAUGGAGGCGCUGGUACAACAGCUGCCGGGAUUGCAUUGGGAAAGCCCACAGUUGUCGUGCCGUUCUUUGGUGAUCAACCCUUCUGGGGACAGAUGAUUGCUAAGGCUGGUGCCGGUCCGGUGCCUGUUCCUUUCAAGCAAAUGACUGCAGAGAGCCUCGCCAAUAGCAUCACCUUUGCGCUCCAAGAUUCGGUCCAAGUUGCUGUGCAGAAAAUGGCCGCAAGUAUUGCAGAAGAAGACGGCGCUGGUGACACGAUGCGAGAUUUUGAGCAGAGGUUGAAUAUCGACGCCAUGCGAUGUCAGCUAUGUCCGGAACGGCUGGCUAUAUGGCGUGACAAACAGACUGGGGCACAUUUGAGUGGCUUGGCCGCAUGUACGCUUGUCGAGAAGAAGGUACUCGAUGUGAAGCAUCUACGGCUACUGCGACAUCGUCAUUACUACACACAUGAAGGAGCCGAAGGACCAUUCGUAGGUGCCGUAGCAGCCUUCGGAGGACUCAUGGCUUCACUUGGCACAGAUACGUCAGACUUCUCUCAACGCCUGAAGAAAAGACCACGCGAGUCGGACCUUGAAGCAUUGAAGAGAACACUGACAAGAGACGAUUCGGAUGACGCCAGGCUGGAAAAAGGUAUCACUUCGAGGCAAUUCCACCACCUGGCAUACAGAAUGGCAGCGAAAUCUUACGAAGACGAUAUGAUUCACAACUUCGAGAAACCUUCAAGUCGGCCGGGGCUGACUGCCCUCCGUGACAGAGUCGCAGCAAGGAGAGCUAAAGGCGGUCGUGGGUACCAGAUAGUCAGCGCCACCGCACACUACAUCGGUGAUCUGACAGCAACUGGUGCCAAGGCACCAGUCGCUCUGUUCUACAACAUGGCCAACGGCUUUCGAAAUUUUCCGUCGUAUGCGAUACGUAAUGAUCCUGCCAGGCGAAGAGAUGAGAUUACUGGGUUUGGAAGCGGAUGCAAAUUAGCUGGGAAAGAGUUCGUGCUCGGCUUCGGCGAUGCAUUGGUGGGUAUUGCAAGGCAUCCAUAUCUCGGUGCAAAGCAGGAGGGCGCUCUUGGCUUCGGUAAAGGGCUUGGUAGAGGUCUUGGUGGUCUUUACUUCCAUUCGAUGGCUGCAAUCUUCGGCGUACCAGGAUACUUCUUGAAGGGAAUUGAGCGGGGACUGUUGGCGCGCCAUCUCACUGCUGUCCAGGCCGAGAUCUUCUUCAUUCAGCUGCGCCGAUCGGGUGUUGGCUUCCGUGGUGCGAGUGACGCCGAGAAGGCAGAUCUGGUAGCGAAUGUGUUACCAGUGUCGGCUGAGUACGCGCAGCAGGACGCCCAUCACAGCCUCCUCAACGCCAUCGACGCCCAGACGAAGACGCACCAGAUCUCCGUCGGCAACUGCAAGUAG